AUGAGCAUGUCGGCCGAAAAAGAGAAAAUGGCGGCUGCCGAAGCUAAAUCACCCUCCAACAAGAGCAACUGCACCUCACCUGGGAAAAAAGGUGACACCGAUGAGCACGGUCUACCCAAAGACAAGGAUAAAGGCUACGACACCACUCUCUACCUUUACCAUGAGGAAAUCGAAGAUAGGCCAAGAGCGGCGACGUUUCUCAGCUCCCUGGCGGACUACUCGAACACCAUCCCUACUGCGUCUGCGGCUGACCCCGAUGCCCCCAAACCCGCACCACCAGCUCGUAUGGGCACACUCAUCGGAGUAUACCUUCCAUGUAUCCAGAACAUCUUUGGAGUCAUCCUCUUCAUCCGUCUAACAUGGGUAGUUGGAACUGCUGGUGCAAUUCAAGGCUUUUUGAUCGUGCUUACCUGCUGCUGUACGACUAUGCUGACUGCGAUAUCGAUGUCUGCGAUUGCAACUAAUGGCGUGGUGCCCGCGGGCGGGUCCUACUUUAUGAUCGGUCGCUCGCUGGGUCCCGAGUGUGGAGGCGCAGUAGGAAUGCUUUUCUAUACUGGAACAACCCUUGCCGCAGCUAUGUACAUUGUUGGAGCCGUUGAAAUUGUUUUGACAUACAUGGCACCUUGGAUGUCUAUCUUCGGUGACUUUACUAAAGAUCCAGAGGCGAUGUACAACAACUUCCGAGUAUAUGGCACAGGGCUACUUUUAAUUAUGGGCAUGGUUGUGUUUGUCGGAGUCAAAUUUGUUAAUAAAUUCGCUACGAUUGCCCUGGCUUGUGUAAUUCUCUCAAUUACUGCCGUCUACGUCGGUAUUUUCGUCAAUUUUAAUGGAAACGAUAAACUCCAAAUGUGUGUCCUCGGGAAACGACUGCUAAAGGAUAUUAACAUUAACAACUGUACUAAAGACCUUGGCGGUGAAUUGCACCAAUUAUUCUGCGUUAAUGGCACUUGCGAUCCUUACUAUCAGACGCAUGAAGUUAGCAUUGUACAAGGCAUUAAGGGGUUAUCGAGCGGAGUGUUUUUCGAUAAUUUACAAGAUUCAUUUCUUAAUCUUGGUCAAUAUAUCGCAUAUGGGAAAGAACCUGAUGACAUCGAACAAAUGGAACGCCCUACCUAUAACCAAGUUUAUGCAGAUCUCACAACUACUUUCACUAUACUAAUUGGAAUAUUCUUCCCAUCGGUAACAGGUAUAAUGGCUGGCUCUAAUCGUUCUGGAGAUUUGGCUGAUGCCCAAAAGAGCAUCCCUAUAGGUACUAUCUGCGCUAUCAUCACUACUUCAACGGUUUACUUAUCAUGUGUACUACUUUUCGCUGGAACGGUCGACAAUUUGUUACUUCGAGACAAAUUUGGUCAAUCAAUAGGUGGGAAACUUGUAGUGGCAAAUAUGGCUUGGCCAAAUCAAUGGGUGAUUUUGAUUGGAUCGUUCCUUUCUACGCUUGGUGCGGGACUACAGUCUCUGACCGGAGCACCUCGGUUACUCCAAGCGAUAGCUAAAGAUGAAAUUAUACCGUUUCUUGCUCCCUUUGCUGUUUCUUCCAGCAGAGGAGAGCCUACGAGAGCCCUGCUCCUAACAAUGGUCAUCUGUCAAUGCGGUAUCCUGCUCGGCAACGUCGACAUUCUCGCGCCACUACUAUCCAUGUUCUUCCUUAUGUGCUAUGGAUUUGUUAACUUGGCAUGCGCUCUACAAACUUUGUUGAAGACCCCCAACUGGCGACCCAGAUUCCGAUACUAUCAUUGGUCCCUCUCUCUUGCCGGUUUAACAUUGUGUAUCUCCAUCAUGUUCAUGACGUCAUGGUUCUACGCUCUGAUCGCGAUGGGUAUGGCGGGCAUGAUCUAUAAAUAUAUCGAGUAUCGAGGUGCCGAAAAAGAAUGGGGUGAUGGUUUACGCGGUCUCGCUCUGUCUGCGGCUCGUUACUCUCUAUUACGUCUUGAAGAAGGUCCUCCGCACACGAAGAAUUGGCGACCACAAGUACUCGUUCUCGCCAAACUCAAUGACGACCUUAAACCCAAAUACCGCAAAAUGCUCUCCUUUGCUAGUCAACUUAAAGCUGGAAAAGGGCUAACAGUAUGUGUUUCGGUAUUGGGAGGAGACUUUACCCGCCGCGCAGCGGACGCGGCCACCGCUAGACAGAACCUACGUAGAUGUAUGGACGAAGAAAAAGUCAAAGGAUUCGUCGAUGUUCUUGUAUCUCAUAGUAUCUCGGAUGGCUUAAGCCACUUCGUACAAACAUCUGGUCUGGGCGGCUUGAAACCAAACACAGUGCUUGUGGGGUGGCCUUAUGGCUGGCGACAAUCUGAAGACGACCGCACGUGGCAAGUGUUCCUGCACACGGUACGCGCCGUCACUGCAGCAAGGAUGGCGAUGUUGGUGCCUAAGGGUAUUAACUUCUUCCCGGAUUCUUCUGAGAAGAUUUCUGGCAACAUAGAUGUCUGGUGGAUAGUUCAUGAUGGCGGCAUGCUUAUGCUUCUUCCAUUCCUUCUAAAGAAACAUCGUUCAUGGAAGAACUGCAAAAUGCGCAUAUUUACCGUCGCGCAAAUUGAAGAUAACUCCAUACAAAUGAAGAAAGACCUCAAGAUGUUCCUGUACCAGCUACGUUUGGAAGCCGAAGUUGAAGUUGUGGAAAUGACUGAUAGCGAUAUCUCCGCUUAUACAUACGAACGUACUUUGAUGAUGGAGCAACGUAACCAAAUGCUUCGUGAACUCAGACUUAACAAGAAAGAGGCUCUUGGAAUGAUGCAAAAUUUGGUGGACUAUCACGAACAAAGUGCUGAGGAGAAAUUGCCUUUGGUACAGGCAAUAGUUGAUCAUCACCAUGCUGACGUUAAAACGGCAAGCAAAGUACGCUUUGCAGAACCCGGUUCUGAACCAUUACCAGAUGACGCUCCAUCGCCUCCUCUCGCCGAAAAUGACGAAAAAGAUAAAGAUGAUAAGGACGAAUUUCGAAGUAGUUUGUUGCACAUAAUCGAUUCAAUGUGGGACUCGCCCGAUGAACGCUCGCAGUGUGAGACGCCGCCGCCCGAUGCCGAGAACCACAAGGAAGGCAAUCCCAACGGAGACGCGCUCAACCCGAAACCCAACAUGCCAAAUAUUACCCCUGACGAGGGCACAGUGCGUCGAAUGCAUACGGCCGUCAAACUGAAUGAGGUGAUAGUGUCGCGCUCGCACGACUCUCAACUGGUGAUACUGAACUUGCCCGGUCCCCCGCGCGACACAAAACUCGAGAGGGAAUCUAAUUACAUGGAGUUCCUGGAGGUGUUGACAGAAGGGCUGGAGAAAGUGCUAAUGGUGCGCGGCGGAGGCCGCGAAGUUAUCACCAUUUACUCG